AAAUAACCUGGGCACAGUGAUUUACUUCUUUAUUGCCAAGUUCUUAGCAAUAGCUGAGCUACCAGCUUAACAAGAACAGAAGACACUAUCCUUUCUCUCUUUUUUUUUCCUGGAUAGUUUUAUGGACACAGCAGGGGCCACCAUGCCAGCUCCCAAGACAUCUGCUUCUUCAGGCAAUGUCUUCUGUUAAGAUAGAGACUGUCAUAAAGGAAAAGAACCGGAUGGGAGAGUGUCCUGUGUGGGACGAAAAAACUGGUCACCUUGUUUUUGUGGAUAUCAACGCUCAGAAAGUUUGCAGAUGGAACCCGAUCACUGGGGAAGUACAGAGUGUGACCCUGGAUGCCCGGGUAGGAUGUGUGGCUCUCCGAGAGUGUGGGGACUAUGUUGUAGCCCUUGGAACACGGUUUGGCCUCUUGAACUGGGAAGACCAAUCAGUGACAACUGUUUCUUACCUCGAACAGGAUAAACCAAACAACAGGUUCAAUGAUGGCAAAGUAGACCCUGCUGGAAGAUUUGUGGCUGGUACAAUGGCUGAGGAAUCUAGCCCAGGAGUAUGGGAGAAACAACAAGGGUCUCUCUAUACUCUCUAUUCGGAUUGCUCUGUGAUGAAGCAGUUGGGCCAGCUGAGCAUCUGCAAUGGAUUGGACUGGUCUCUGGAUCACCAAGUGUUCUACCACAUUGAUAGCCUGACAUAUGCUGUGCAUGCCUUUGACUAUGAUCUACCGUCAGGGAAGAUCGACAAUAGAAGACUUAUCUAUAAGCUGGAAGAGGAAGAAAGCAUGCCUGAUGGUAUGUGCAUUGACACUGAAGGGAAGCUGUGGGUGGCCUGCAUUGAUGCUGGAAGAAUAAUACGUUUGGACCCCGAGACAGGAAAAAGACUGCAGACAGUGAAGAUGCCCACUCCUAGGAUAACAUCCUGCUGCUUUGGUGGAAAGGACUACUCUGAACUCUACGUCACUUCAGCCUCUGAUGGCUUGAGCCAAGAAGAACUGACAAGAGAACCUCAUGCAGGACAGAUUUUCAAGGUAACUGGCCUGGGUGUGAAAGGAAUCCCUCAGUAUUCCUUUGCAGGUUGAACACCCACAGGUCACAAAAACUUCACAAAGAAGUCUUCCCCACUCCAGAGGAUUGGAACCUGUCACACAGUCCUCUGUGGUACUUUGUUCUGGACUUGUAUUCUGCCUCUCUCAUGGCUCCUUAACAGACUUAGACAAUAAAGAUAUAUACAUUACA